AUGAGUGAGUCUGUUCAUCCAUAUCUUGCGUCGUCGACAAUUUCACCGAACGAGGCGCAACUUACGGUCCAAGAGGCUGGACUCUUGCCAUCAGCGAUAUUCGGUGAGAGAAAACAUCUGGGAAAGCCACAUAUCUGGAACGAGAGCAUAAGUGUCGAGGAGGGACGAGAUUUGGUUCGUCGAAGGCUUCGAGGUGGAGAACCACCAUGGAGGAGAACCACCAUGGAGGAGAACGAUAGGGGGGGGGGAGGAGAGAGAAGGGGAGAGAUGGCAACAACGCUUUUCAAACUAAAGCUGAGAGAGGAUAUGACCAUAGAGCUGAUCGCGUUGUUGCUUCUCCACCCCAAAUGGAGUACUCAAGUUGAAUCGGGCGGACCUCAACUUCACCAGCUUUAG